UCUGUGAACCUGAGAACAUCUAAAAAAAAUAAUUUGUUGCUGUCAGUCAAAUUAAGCUUGACAAAAGAUUUAAGUUAAAUAAUUUAUUGCAAAAUACAAAUGGAAUAAACUUAAAUAAAAGUCACAUAACAUUGUACAAAUAAUGCAGUUCACAACUGAAGAAGCUUAUGCUCGGCUCAUUAGCCAUAACAUGACUGUGCCACAGCGUAUUAAGGCAACAGGUGACAUAGUUGAUGAAGAAAAUACACCCAAUGGGUUAGUGGGAGGAUGGGAUUAUGCAAAUGAAAAAUUUGAUAUGAAGGUGCCAGAAAGGAUACUUGUUGUUGGGCAGGACCAGCAUAUAGGUACAAAGGCGCCACCGAGGGAAAUUCAACUGGAUAAUGCAGUGCUGCCAACCGACCCCGGUAUGAUUCGUGUGAACACUCCACCACGUGUGAUUACCCUUGACCAGCACUACUUCCCUUCAGCUGAUGACUUUCCGGCUGAGGUGGGCACUUCACCACCCCGGCAGGCACGUACGAUACGCUCACAGGGUGAUGGUGCGCGCGCCACUACACCACGCUGUGACAACUUUAAUGACUCUAUCAAUACAGAGUCUCGACUGGUUUUAAGAGAUCCAACACCUCCAAUGGGAAAUGGCGAAGGCCUAUCUAUUUCUGAAGAGCUGGUGCAUUUACGGAGGCAGAUCGUGAAAUUAAAUCGACGUGUUAUGUCCAUUGAGGCAGAGCAAUUGCAACGUCAACAGAAGGAAAAAAUAGCUUAUGCCAUUGGCAUUGCUUACAUAUUGUUCAAAAUGAUUGCUUGGCUCAACAGAUCCUAAUUGUAUCGUAAGAUAAAAUACUUAAUGAAUUACUGUUGACGUUUUGAGAACCAUUGGUUUAUGCCAUUCUAAAUGUGGCAUGAAGUUUAGAACUGUCCUUAACUUGGUGUAGCAAAUGGGGUAUGUUAUAAAUAAUUCCUUGGAAGUUAUGAUUUCUUAGUGUUUAGGUAGCCUUUUUUAUAACAUGUACAUUUCUGCGAUUUGUUGUACAGUGAACAUACAAGAAUCUGUUUGUGUAUAACCACCACUUCUCUCAAUCUUAUGAAUUCUGUAUGAAUUAUUACAAAUAUUAUUCACAAAAGUAUGAGAUGAUGUGCUGUAGGUCCUUUUUUAUUUAAAUAAACCAUAGCAUUGAUAUUUAAA